AUGGCUCCUCCGUUUCAUCUGGCGUUCCCCACCCACUCAAUAGCAGCAGCAAGGGAGUUUUACCUCGACAAGCUGGGGUUCACAGAAGGACGCAGCUCAGAGCGCUGGGUGGACUUUAAUGUGUUCGGACACCAACUCGUCGCGCACCUCGUGGACGGCUAUCAAGCGGCGAAAACGCACAAUCAAGUAGACGGCGAUCCUGUGCCAGUGCCGCACUGGGGGCUAGCGCUGUCGGUGGAGCAGUUUCACAGCCUGGCUGCUCGCUGCCGGAAUUCCGGUAUAACAUUUGCGAUUCAUCCCCACCUGCGCUUCAAAGGGGCUCCGGGAGAGCAGUGGACCAUGUUCUUUUACGACUGCUCAGGUGUGGGUGUGCUGACUGCACCAGCUGGCUGUGGCGUGUCGGGGAGUGCUCAUCAAACCUCCUUCAGUGCAUGCAGGGAAUGCCCUGGAGUUUAA